AUGGCGAAUGACAGCCUAGAUCCAUCCAUAGACCAAGGCGGAUCGUUCUAUAGCGGGAAUGUCACCGUGCAUGGAGGACCCUUCCACCAAGGCAAUAUCGUCAACAUCCAGCAGACGGCCAACCGAUGCCUCAUCGACCUCCGCGUCACCGACCCGCGCCAUGACAAGAAGCGCGUCCAGGACACCAAGGGCGGCCUGCUCGCGGACUCGUACGUCUGGGUGCUCGACAACCCUGACUUCCACCAAUGGCGCGACCACGAGGACCAGCGGCUGCUCUGGGUCAAGGGCAACCCGGGAAAGGGCAAGACCAUGCUCCUGUGUGGCAUUGUCGAUCAUCUCAAAACGAGGCUCGCCCAAGGAAGCCGCCUAGCGUACUUCUUCUGCCAAGCCACCAUUGAGCGCAUCAACACCGCGACGGCCGUCCUGCGCGGUCUCAUCUUCAUGCUUCUUGACCAAGACGCCUUCCUCGUAUCGCAUAUGAAGAAGAAGUACGAUGUCGCUGGCGAGGGGCUGUUCCAGGGCGAUAAUGCUUGGUAUGCGUUAUCCGAGAUCUUCACGGACAUACUCCGCGACCCGAAGCUGCAGGGCGUCUGCCUCGUUGUCGACGCACUGGACGAGUGUAUAGGUGGCCUACCGCAGCUGCUCGAGUUGAUUGUCGAAACCUCGCAAGCAACAUGCGCUAAGUGGCUCGUCUCAAGCCGCAACUGGCCGCAGAUUGAUUGGCCCGUGGCGCUGCCACACUUCCAGUGCCGACCAUUACUUUUCUAUCAAGACUCAAAGCUGAUGAUGAACUUUGGUCGCACUUCGUUGCUGGGAAACUCUACUCACCCCCGUCCAGAGCAUCUCCCCAAGCUCAACGAGCGUCAACAUGAGGCUCUCGACACGGUGGAGGCGAUUGCGCAGGCGAUUCAGUUGGAGGGCUUUGUCAAUGGGGCUGCCGCCGGGGAGAAGCGACACCUCGUCCGCAUGAGACUGCGCAGCUCGCAGCUCGGAUGGCCCAUUCCAGAGGGCCUCGCACGGGAAUGGGCCGAGGCGUUCGAGUCGGUCAAUUGCAAGGUAUGGCAUCUGGAUCCCAUGCCCGGCGACUCGUUCCCGCUCCGCAAAUAUACCAACUGA